ACUUUCAUAAUAACUCACCUGUACUGGAUUUAUUUUGUACUGUUGACCUAGACACUCUGUAGGACACUCUCCAAAUGCUUUUCAGGUUUUAUUUGCCCCAUGUAGAUAUUCACGAGCCAUUGAAAUAUAUAGUGUGACUAGAUAUGGAAAGGCAUAGGAUACAAUUAUUAUUUAUUGAGCUCCAGACAUAAAUGAAGACAUAAUGCACAAGAUGCUUUCAAUCUAAAUCUGAUGCAGGUAGAACAGUUUAGACAGACAAUAAACUGGCAGAAGAUAAAGGCAGUGCUGUAAGGCAAAACAGAACUCUAAACAGAGCCAGACCCUCUUAGACUUUUAAAAAAUUAGGUUUAUUAAAUUAGAACUUGGCAAACAAAGACACAGCUCCUAUCUGUAACAGACUUUCUCAUUUUCCUCAUCUUGCAACCCAGUCUCACCCCCACAAAGUACUCAUGUGGUUCACCCACAGAACUAUGUAUUUCCUUUAUUUUUUUUUUGGCCUGAAUUUUCUUUCUAACCUAGUUAGAGAAAACCCCCCCAAAGAGGUCUACUGCCUCUGAUUACAGCAUGGGUCAGGUUAACUUUUAAAAGUGGCUGCCACAAUAGAACUGCUGAGGGGAAAACCCCAUGAUGAAAAAUGGAACAUACCCAGUGGUGAAUUCCCUGAGGUCUCCAGACAACCUGCUUAUAAUGCCAGCUGAAGCCAAAGUCAGCAGAUCAGAGCAGCCAGUUUUCUGAUACUUUUGAAGUGUAAACUAUAGUAAAACCUUACUGAACUGAAAAUGACCAACUUUAUCAGCAGAAGCUUGGUGCUGGCUUCUUUGAUGGGGCUGCUGCUGUUGUACCUGUCUGGCACUUCUGAAGCACAAAACAACCAAGAUUGCUGCCUCUCUUACUCCACAAUACGGCUGCCUCGAGGGGUCAUAAAAGGCUACACAGAACAGCUAUCCAGUGAAGUCUGUGACAUCAAUGCUAUCAUUUUUCAUACAAAGAAUGGAAUGAAAGCUUGUGCAAAUCCAGAAGACCGCUGGGUGAAGAGGCAUCUUCUUUGGCUGAGUCAUAAACUCAAGAAGAUGUCAUUGUAAUGUGGCUUUUGAAAUGGAACUAGACAUAGAGGCGGCUGCAGAACCUAAAUUAGGUUGGAAUCAUCUCUUUGUACACGAUGUGUGCUUACUGACCAUUAUUCCUGACUUCUUUGGAACCACUGAACUACUGAAGUUGAUUCAUAUUGCAUCAUUUGUUUGCUUGACUUAAGCAUUUUGUUAAAGUUGCUUUUUUUCUUUGCUAAUAUACAAUAUUUGAUUACCAUGUAAAGAAGAAACUGUUUUAAACUAUUAUAGAAAAUAUGUGCCCUAUUGGAUUUAGAGCAUUUGGAUGUCAUUUGUGCUAUUUAGCAUAAGUAAAAUAGAUAAUUUAUUCUAUUUAUUGUUACAUCAUAGGCAUUUUUUGUGCCAAAAGCUGUUCUCUUUUAAUUCUAAAUAUUGUGAUCAAGAACAAAUGGAUUAUAUAUUUUGGACUAUUGUAAAAACAUGUGCUUGAGAGAAAGUGGAGUCUG